AUGUUCACCACAGGGGACUGGUCUCCCGAGAACCCUAUCCUGGCCUACCUGCAGACAUUAAUCGCAACCAAAAAGACCCUCCCCUACGGGCAACCCGUGGUCGCCCAUCCCUCCCUCAAUCAUAUUGAUUCUGCUUCAAUUUUGCGGCUGGCCGCAGAGAUCGGCCCCCACAUCGCCGUACUACAAAUCCCUGCAGAUAUCAUCGAUGACUGGUCGAGCGAUACAAUCGAGCAGCUCCAGUCUCUGGCCAGGAAACAUGCGUUCUUACUGUGGGAGGGAAGCAAAAUUCUGAACUCGAUGGUAUAUUUCAUGGGCAGAGCGGAUGUAGCGUUGGAAUCAAGACAGGCCUUGGUGGACUUGAUCAAGAAGUCAUAUACCAGUGGCCCGCUGAAGACAGCAACGUGGGCCAAUCUAGCCACCUCUUGGGCUCCCGCAGCGCCAAUGGACCAACAAGAAAAUGAUGUAUUGAUUCCAACCUUGAAACUGGCGGCUCGCGAAGCAGUCGCAACAACCACAAAGACAAUCCGAACCGAGAUCUCUGCUGAGUCCAAUAAUUAUUCGUCGGGAGAGGAAGUGGAAUUGGCUACGUCCUCCGGUGAAGCAACAAACGGCUGGAUAGAAUUCAAUUCCAAUAAUACGGGCUCGGCGUUACGGAAAUCGUCCACCAUCUCCGUCACAACUGAGUCGGUGACUUCGCAUGCACACAUCGAAACAAAUGAUGGCGUCCCGACCCCGCCGGCACUGGCUCGCAACAUUGUGCUCUGCCUACCCAGCUUCUCUGAGAUUGCAUUUACGUCCGAGUUCCGACAAAGUACGAUAGUCGCCGCAUGUGCCAACCCCGACUUUGUCACUGGAUUCUUGACAACAGAGCCCUUUUUUGUGAACCACCGAGGCAACGAUAUCUUUGAAUUGGCAUUUCUGGAUGGAAAUGGGAAUGGGCCACCGGGCUUGGGCUCUACGAAAAUCGCUUCCUUGCCUUACUUCAAGGAUCACCGAAAAUCACUCGGUGUAUUCUCUCUUGUACCACCUACUGUCGGCCUGGACUUUGAGUUCGAUUCCACCUUCCAACCUGAUAGCAACACGCCAUCUGACUCCGAAUCGGAAUCUCCUUCCUCUGUGCAAUAUCUAUACCGCACCAUCGGGCAUGCGGUAGCCCUUCGGGAACAGAAUCGACAAAAGCAUGAAGCCAACGAUUCCGGAAACCAAACAUCAACGGGCGCCCAUAUCAUGCAUAUUCCAGUGGUUAUUCUUGUAUAA